AUGCCAAUCUCAACCCGCCGCUCCCUCAUACUCCCCGCUCUCUCCCUCGAACGACGAGCACUCGACGUCAAUUCACUGCAAUCACCACGUCUCCCCGUCACGCCUCCUAUCACGAAUUUCGCCGCAGUAGGUGGCGAGAGACGUUGUUCGAGCGUGAGUAUCGUCUCGAGUGACUGGGGUGAGCGCACGACUGAGACAGAGACACCCGGGCGGGAAGAGGAUGAGUUGGGUACGUGGACUGAAAACGAGGAUACUACGCUGCUCAAGGCGUAUCAGAGUUAUCUCGAUAAUCCAGUACUCGCGAUUUCGAUUGCGCCGUUUUGGGCGGGUAUGCCGCCGCCUGUGGUAGUCUCACGGGUCGCGAAGGGGGUCCUCUCCUCUUCUUCGUCCUCUCGCGCUACGGCCUCUCUCGCGAAUAACAACGACCCAUCCUCCUCGACUUCCACUCGAAGAAGAAGACGAACAGGAGAAACGGAUCUGAAAACGCCCAUCACGGAAGCCUUCCCCACGGCCCUAUUCAUGGCUGUCCCAGCUGAAGAGGAAGAUAGACCAGCAUAUUUCGACCUAGCUCUAUCCCCCCUCGACUCCGGUAUCGGCAUCUCACCCCCCACGGCGGCACCGUCAUCAUCGCACUCCUCGCUCUCGGGUCUUGAGGGAGACGGGUGGAGGCACAGUUUGAAGGAUACGCGGAGGAGACUCCUACACCUCGCUGCGUUGACGUACAAGAAGACCCAGGUGGUGGAGGAAGAGGAGACGGGGAGUCGGUUGAGGGUGGGCGUGUCGGCUGGGGCGCUGUUGCAUCCCUCGUCCGCUUCCGUCAAUAAUGAAUCGGGGUAUGUUUAUACUUAUCCACGACGAGUGGGAGGAGGGGGAUCGAGGACGGGGACGGGGAUGGGGAUGGCGCUGCGGAGUCCGUUUACGGAGGGGUUUGGUAUGGAGGUGAAGUGUGUUCGUCCGAAGCGGGAUACGGACAAGAGGGCGAAUCAUGGGAAGAAGAGGGGGAGUCCGGAGUUGGAGGUGGGGCUUGUGGACGUCGUUGAGGGGAGUCCGGGGAAGAAGAAGAGAUCCUGA